CUCCUCACCCCAUGACCCCUCUUUCCCCAACACUGAGGCCCCCCGGACCCCCCUUUCAUGGGCACAGGGACCCCUGGAUGCCCCAUCUCACCUCUCCCAGUCCCUACAUCCUCCUUUCUUGGCCCUGGGAUCCCCAAACCCCCUUUUGUGGGUCUCCCAACUGUCCCAGUUCCCCCUUUCCUUGACCCAUGACCCCCCUGGACCUCCCAAAUUUCCGUGUCCCUCCAGUUCUCCACUCCCUGCGUUACCUGAAGGUGGCGGUGACGGAGCCCAGCCUGGGGGUCCCUCAAUACCUGUCCGUGGGAUACCUGGACGGGAUCCCCAUCACACGCUACGACAGCGAGCGGCGCCGGAAAGAGCCGCUGACACCGUGGAUGGCGGCUGGACCUGAGCCGGGAUAUUGGGAUGAAGGGACCCAGAACGAAGAUAGGAACCGGCUCGUGGCUGCUGCUGACCUGGAGACAGUGGGGCAGGGUCAGUACAACUGGAGUGGAGGUCUCCACACGUGGCAGCGGCUUUCUGGCUGUGACCUCCUGUCCGACGGGAGUGUCCGCAGAACCCUUCGAGUUGGCUACGACGGGCGGGAUUUCAUCUCCUUCUCCCCGGAGAGCGGGACCUUCGUGGCGGCCGAUGGAGCUGCCCAGAUCACCCAGAGGAAAUGGAAAUCUGAAGGGUAUGAGGAUCUUCAACAAGACCUGGGACUGAGAUGUGCGGAAUGGCUCCAGAAAUAUGUUGGAUACGGGCGGGAGGUGCUGGAGCGCAAAGAGCCCCCUGAUGUCCACGUGUCUGGGAAAGAGGAACACGGGAUCCUGACGUUGUCCUGCCACACGUACGGAUUCUACCCCGGGAUCAUCGCGAUCAACUGGAUGAAGGGGGAUGAAAUCUGGGAUCAGGAGACGGAGUGGGGCGGGAUCGUUCCCAACAGUGACGGCACCUUCCACAGCUGGGCCAGGAUCGAGGCGCUGCCGGGGGAGCGGGAGCAGUACCGGUGCCGGGUGGAGCACGCCGGAAUGCCGGAGCCCGGGAUCUUCGCCUGGGGUGAGCCUGGGAACGGGCAAUGUGGCAACUGGGCGUGUGGGAACGAGGAAUUUGGGAGUGUGGGGCAGCGGGAUGGGGGUAACCCUCCCCCUGCUCACCCUCCCGCC